AUGUUGUUGUUCUUCUGCCCGCCCUUCCUCUUAGGCCUGUACCCCCGUUCGUGGACGAAAUACCGUAUCCCGGAAUACGGUGUCUCAAUCACCAUCCGACAGACAAGCCCCGUAUUCCCCAACAAUUAUCAGGAAACCUCGUACCCCGUCACUUCCUUCUCCUUUGAUGUCGACAAUGAUUCGGGUGUCGAGUACGAGAUCUCGCUGGCAUUCGUAUUCCGAAAUGGUACGGGACGACGGAAGGUCGAUCCGACGGCAAACUGUCACAGUGAACUCUUCCAGAAUGAUGAGAUCCACGGUGUCUCCCUCCACCAUACAAUCCAGGGAAUGCCCUGUGUCUAUGCAUUGGCCGCCAAAGCAAAGCCCUCAACCGUAAUCUCGCGUUGUCGUUCGUUCGAUCCGUGUGGAAAUGGUCUCUUUCUCUGGCAAUCUCUCGCCGAGACUGGCGAUCUGCCGGAUGAAGCCGACCUGCCCCACCCGCAUCAUCAAGCCGUUGGUGUGUGCCAUCGUUCUGUGCUCCCCCCGAAUUCCUCCUCUCCCUCGCUCUCUCAAAUGUCUCUCGCCUGGGAUAUGCCAACCGUCAGAUUCGGCAACGCUGCACGCCAGUAUAAACGACGCUACACGCGAUUCCUCGGCUCCGCCUGCGAGGCCUAUAUCGAACUAUGCUCCCAGGCGAUCAAUAAUGCCGAAAAAUGGGAACGGACCAUCGACGAGUGGCAAUCCCCUGUCAUCAACCACAAGACCCUCCCGGCGUGGUAUAAAUCGGCGCUAUUUAACGAGUUGUAUUAUAUGACGGAUGGAGGGACACUGUGGUUUGAAUAUGAUGACCAAUGGGCUAGACAGGAGCCUCAUCUCUCCGCCUACACGCGCCAAUUAAUGGGCGAAUACGGUCGUUUUGGUUAUUUGGAAUCAUGGGAAUACCGUAUGAUCACCACUUAUGAUGUCCAUUUCUACGCAUCAUUUGCCAUCGCUUCUCUAUGGCCACAAGUCGAAUUGGUCAUUCAGGCUGAAUUUUGCGACCAAGUGGAGCAUAGUAUCGAGACGGAAACCCGUUUUCAUAUGGAAGGAGAUAGAGGACCAUUGAAGACAAGGGAUCGAAUACCGCACGAUUUGGGAAAUCCUGCAGCGGACCCGUGGCUGUCAACAAAUGCAUAUGUAAUGCACGAUACGGGAAAAUGGAAGGAUUUGAAUCUGAAAUUCGUAUUGUUAUCGUGGAGAGAUUGGAUUGUAUUGGCUGAAAAGGAAAAGGAAUUCCUUCGACAUGUCUAUCCCGCUGUUAAGCGAAUCAUCAACGAUGCGCUGGAGAUGUGGGAUCAAGAUGGCGAUGGAAUGAUCGAGAAUUUCGGAAAAGCCGACCAAACAUAUGAUGCAUGGCAAAUGGAGGGCGUUAGUGCAUACUGUGGAUCUCUUUGGCUGGGUGCCCUUCGUGUGGCUGAGGAAAUGGCGGCAGAGAUUGAAGAUGAAGAAAUGAGGAUACGGUAUCACGAGACGCUUGCAAAAGCCAAGGAGGUGUUCAUCUCGAAGCUGUGGACGGGGGAAUAUUUCCGUUUUUGUGAGAGAUCUCGGAGUCGAGAAUCGAUAAUGGCCGAUCAAUUGUGUGGAAUAUGGUUCUUGAUGAGUUGCUCACCGGAUAUGGCUGCUGAGUUGAUCCCCCCAUCGAAGGUCCGCUCCUCCCUGUCGAAGAUCUAUUCGCAUAACGUCGUUCUAUUUGGUGGUGGUCGUAUGGGUGCUGUAAAUGGAAUGAGACCCGAUGGAUCGCUGGACAGAUCCUAUAUUCAGGCGGAUGAAAUGUGGACGGGUGUCACUUAUGCUGUCGCUGCCUUCAUGAUACAGCACGGUGAUGUCGAGCGAGGUCUGGCGACGGCUUUCGGUUGUUACGAUACUUGCUAUGAACGUUUCGGGCUACAGUUCCAGACCCCGGAGGCCAUCUACGAGAAACGUUUCUACCGUGCAAUCGGCUAUAUGCGUCCGCUGUCAAUCUGGUCGAUGCAAUGGGCAAUGGAAAGACAUUUGGGAAUGGAACACCCAAAUAUUAUGGCCCUCAAGGAGGAAGGAGAUGGAGCAGCCGAUGUACCGAGCCCGUCUCCCUCUUCAAAAAGUGUGCGUGACAGUUCAUCGGAGGGAUAUUUCAGCGAGGAAAAGGACGAGAAAACCGCCAAAAUCGCCAAACACGCAUCCGUC